AGCAGCAGCAGCAGCAGCAGCAGCAGCAGCAGCAGCAGCUCUGGGAGGCAGCGGAGGCGCGAUGGUGCUGCGUCGGCCGGAGCCUGCGAUGUCCGAGGAGAAAGGAGCCCUGGAAGAAGAGGAAGAAGGAGAGGAGGAAGGAGAGGAGGAGGAAGGAGAGGAGGAAGGAGAAAGAGGAGGAGGGAGGAAGGCCCCCGGUGGCUCCUCUGCUGCUGCUGCUGCUGGUGGUGCCUCUGCUGCUGCUGGUGGUCCUUCUUCUUGCUCCGGCUUUACUCCUCCGGAGGGGGGCUUCGGCUGGGUGGUGGUGCUGGCUGCCACCUGGUGCAACGGCUCCAUCUUCGGCAUCCACAACUCCUUCGGGAUGCUCUACGUCUUGCUGCAGGAGGAAGGCGACUCCCAGAAGGACCCGGCCCUUCAGUACAAGACAGCCUUGGUUGGGUCCAUCGGCAUGGGGAUGGUGUUCCUUUGCUCGCCCAUCGUCAGCAUCUUCACAGACCGGAUCGGUUGUAGGACGACGGCCGCCUCGGGAGCAGCCAUUGCCUUCAUCGGACUCUUCUCCAGCUCCUUCACCAAGUCCCUCGAAGUGCGUUGCUUCACGUACGGCGUCCUUUUUGGGUGCGGAAGCUCCUUCGCGUUCCAGCCCUCGCUGGUCAUCCUGGGGCACUACUUCAAGCGGCGCCUGGGUUUGGCGAACGGCUUGGUGACGGCCGGCAGCUGCCUCUUCUCGGUCAGCCUUCCCUUCCUCCUGAAGAUCAUUGGCCAAGCCAUCAAGCUGGCCCACACCUUUCAGGUCCUCAGCAUCUUGAUGCUGGUCCAGAUCUUCUUGUCUCUGACUUUCCGUCCCAUGUUCCCCUCGACCUCCGACCCUCACGACGUGGACCACCUGAAACUGGACAGCCGGAGCUGUCGGCAGCAGUGCGCCUCGCAGAUGAGCAAGUAUUUCAGCCUGAGGGUCUUCAGGAGAAAGACCUACCGAGUGUGGGCUUUUGGCAUCGCAACUGCCGUCUUGGGAUACUUUGUACCUUACAUUUACCUGGUGAAGUACGUGGAAGAAAAGUUCAAGGAAAAAGAGAAGGCAUGGAUCGUGCUGGUUUCCCUGGGAGCCAUGUCUGGGGUCGGGCGCUUGGCUUCAGGACCCAUUGGCGACCUCAUCCAUGGGCUGAAGAAGAUCUACUUGCAGGUUGCCUCCUUCAUAGUCUUGGGUAUCAUGUGCAUGAUGCUGCCACAGUGCCAAGAGUUUUGGGGCGUCAUUGUCGUCUGCCUCUUCCUUGGACUUUGUGAUGGACUCUUCAUAACCAUCAUGGCUCCCAUUGCCUUUGAGUUGGUUGGUCCCAUGCAGGCAUCUCAAGCCAUUGGGUAUCUCCUGGGACUUAUGGCCAUUCCAAUGACGGCGGGUCCCCCAAUUGGAGGACUCCUCCGAAACCAUUUUGGGAAUUACCACUUCACCUUCUAUUUUGCCGGUGUCCCCCCGAUCGUCGGAGGACUGGUUCUGGCUCUCGUUCCUCUGAUCCAUCAAAGACAGCUCAAGAAGAAGCGGCUGGGCUCUGGGAAAGACAAGAUGCUGGUGUUGAACGGAGAGCUCCUUCCCGGUUCCCCCGCCUUGCAGGCGCACGUCUAAAGCCAUCCUUCUGAUCUCCCAACGACUUUUGGGGCACGCAGACUCUUGCCGCCACCGCCGCCAGCGGCAUCUUCUGGCCAUUGGCUGAACCCAGCCUUCACCUAAGAGGAUUUGAACCUUUUUGGUUGUAGCCGGGAAGCUCCUGGUUGGUAAAGUAUAGACAGCCUGGACUGGAAAGCUUGCUUUCAAGUUGAUUUGGGGAUAUAUAUAUUUUGGCUUUUCCUCUGGCAGAGAGAAAUUCUGAUAGCACUCUAUUCGUGGGGCUUUCCCCCCCCCCCCUCUUCUUGCCAUGAUUUUACUAAUGGACACAAGGCAGCAGAUAAUCCAUAGUUGGCUGCAUAAAAGUUUUUAAUAGAUUGUAUUGGUUUGCUCCACUUUCCACCUCCGGGAAGAAGAAGAAGAAAGAAAUCCUGAUCCUGUAAUUGCGCAUAGGUAUUUCGCCUUGAAAGUGGAGUUUAAUCUCUUUUGGAGCUGCUGUGGGAGUUAGUUUUGUAGUAGCCAAACUCUCAGCAUUAUAUUUUGAAGCGUUCAUGGUGGGGAAUGGGUGAAAGGAAAAAGAACAGAGUGGGUGAAUUUAGAAUCAUGUUGUUUUUCCUCUUUUAAAACAUGUUUCCUUUUCUUCUCCGCCAGAGUCGACCUUGCCAUCCCUCCUCCUUUGAAUUUUUGCCUCUAAAACUGUGAUGAGUUGCUUGGUUUUUAACACCAAGCUGGUCUUGCAUUGUGAUUUCUUUACUUGGUUUUUUCUCUCUCUGUUAAAUGUGUCUCAAAAGAAAGGCAAACCUCCUCCUUUAACUGACCAGGCUUCCCUUAGAAAGGUCUUAUGUCCUGAGAUAUUGCCAUCCAUUCUUUAAAAUAGAAUGAGCUACACUACAAAGUCACGGAGUAGAGCUACACUACAAGUUACAGCAGUUUGGUGCCACUUUAAUUUCCAUGGCUCGCACCUUCCAGAAGUCUGGGAUUUGUCAUUUGGUGAGCAGUUACUUUGAACAAUUUGUUGGGGAACUCUAGUUCUCCCUCCUUGAAGUGCAGCACUAGAGCUCUAGAGCAGACCAUUCUAAGUACUAAGCUUGUUGUUGUUGUGUGCCUUCCUGUUGUUUCCAACUUAUAGCAACCCCAAGGCAAUGCUAUCAUGGGGUUUUCAUGGCAAGAUUUGUUCAGAGCGGGGUUGCCAUAGUCUUCUCCUGAG